UCGCGCCACUAUCACGUCAGCGACAAUGCGGAGACAACGCUAGCGACCGCGCCGAAGGAGUGGUGUGUGUGUGAGUGCGUGUUCACGUAGUCCCGGGGAAUGACAGGACUGUCGGAGUAAUGAGGACUGCGGGCUUCUCGGCCGUCUGGCUGUUGACGACGGCGUUGGUAUUUCCAGCGAACUGUUCCGAAGACGAAGAGAGACUGGUCAGAGAUCUGUUUCGCGACUACAACAAGCUCAUCAGGCCCGUGGAAGUGAUGAAAGAGACGGUGGAAGUGCAAUUUGGUCUGUCUUUCAUUCAGCUCAUCAAUGUGAACGAGAAGAACCAGAUUAUGACGUCGAACGUCUGGCUCCAAUUGAUGUGGAACGACUACCAGUUGGUCUGGGACGAGUCCGACUACGGAGGUAUUUCGGUGCUGCGCCUUCCUCCCGACAAAGUGUGGAAGCCGGACAUCGUGCUCUUCAACAACGCCGACGGCAACUACGAGGUCCGAUACAAAUCCAACGUUCUGAUCUACAACUCCGGACAGGUGAUGUGGGUGCCGCCGGCCAUCUACCAGAGUUCGUGCACCAUCGACGUCACUUACUUCCCCUUCGAUCAGCAGAGGUGCGUGAUGAAAUUCGGCUCGUGGACCUUUAACGGCGACCAAGUGUCCUUAAACUUCUACGACGACAGUCACUGGGUGGACCUGUCCGACUACUGGAAGAGCGGGACCUGGGACAUCGUGGAAGCUCCCGCUUUCCUCAACGUCUACAACAACUCAAAGUCGGGUCAGCCGACCGAAACCGACAUCUCGUUCUACAUCACAAUUCGGCGAAAGACCCUAUUCUACACGGUCAACCUGAUCAUGCCGACGAUGUUGAUCUCUUUCCUCUGCGUCCUGGUCUUCUAUCUUCCGGCCGAGGCCGGAGAGAAGGUGACGCUGGGAAUAUCCAUCUUGCUGUCUUUGGUGGUAUUUCUACUUCUGGUGUCCAAAAUCUUACCACCCACGUCGCUAGUUUUACCGCUGAUCGCCAAGUACCUGCUCUUCACCUUUCUGAUGAACACGUGUUCCAUUUUAGUCACCGUAGUCAUCAUCAAUUGGAAUUUUCGCGGACCCAGGACGCACCGAAUGCCAAAUUGGGUGCGCGUGGUGUUUCUCAAGUUUCUGCCGGCUCUGUUGUUCAUGAAAAGGCCGAGGAAGACCAGAUUGGUCUGGAUGAUGGAGAUGCCCGGCGUCGGGGUGCAUCAACACUACCACGGAUCACCGGAGCCCAAAUCGUGCGACGUCAGGCAGAAAACGGAUUUCGUCGAACUGGCCGACAUCCAUCAUCCGAACUGCACCGUGGCACGAAAGUCUUCGUUGGAUCAAGAGGCCCACGGAGACGGAGGGGACGUGCUCUUCCUCUCACCGGAAGCGUGUCGAGCGACGGAAGCCGUAGAGUUCAUUGCCGAGCAUCUUCGCUGCGAAGACGAGUACAUACAGAUCCGCGAAGACUGGAAGUACGUGGCCAUGGUGAUCGAUCGUCUUCAACUCUACAUAUUUUUCGCAGUGACGACCGCCGGAACAAUAGGGAUCUUGCUGGAUGCGCCUCACAUAUUUCAGUACGUGGAUCAAGACAAGGUGAUCGCCUUUCACAAGAACAAGUCACAGUGAGAUGCCGCCAACCCACGGAGGUUGCAUCCGGCCGCCAGGGGGAACUGCGGAUCACCACCACUACCACCCCCCCCGCGGACGGCGGGCCAACGGCCACUUACGUAAGUAUAUAGAGCGGCCGGCCGGAAAGACAGUUCUUCCAUCCAUCAUCGUCACUCUCCUUCCUACCCCCAUCGACACGGGGCGAAACGGGGCGACCACUUCGAGGAAUAUACACAAUGCUCAAUCUUCUUCGUACGCGCGUGCGUCCUUCGUUCGAGCUCCACCCGUCUGCGGAAGUAGCCCGGACCGACCGGUGACGUCGGCUUCCGGCCCGCGCCGAAGACCCGCUCCGACCCACGCAUACAACGACCUUUCUUUUUUUUUUUCUUUUUUCUACUACGGGCGGCGGCGCGCCGGCCCGCCUCGCGUCGCGUCGCGCCGCGCUCCGCUCGUCCGAUCGCUUCCGCUCCGGACGUCGUCGGCGCCGCGCGCGCCGCCUCCACCAUCUCCGGUAGAAGAGAGGAAGAAGAAGAGGAAGAAAAAGAAAAGAAAAAAAAAAAUACAACACCGAUCGAAUCUGGUUUAAAGCGGAAGGGCCCGGAAGGAAAUUAAAAAAAAUUUAUAAUAAUAAUCAACGAGCGGACCGGAGCGUCGGCCCGAGGACGCGACGCGCCCCCUGUUCCUAAACGCGCGACGUCGCGACGUCGACGUACCGGGUUCGAGCGCGGAGGGCGACGCCCCGUCCCGAAGGAAGCGGAACUUUUGCGCCGGACGACGAGAGGAGGAGGAGGAGGAGCAAGAGGAGAAAAGCGCUCCGCGCCCGGAGGGGUCGACGGGUCGACGGCACCGACACUAACAAACGGGUCGUUUUUGUCAUUUGUAAACAUUCGAAUAUUGGUCUCGACAUAGAAAAAAAAAGAAAAAAAAACAAAAAAAAAACAAAAAAAAAAUACAAACAACCGAGGAUUGUUUAGUCGUACUUGGCGCCGCCCCACCCGGCGGCCGUUUUAAACCAUCAUAAUGUAACGGUAUUUAAUAGUGUUUUAA